UUGACGGGGCGCUGAGUCCGAUUGCGCGCCAUGCCUGUCGUCAAAGGAGGUGUCUGGACCAAUAUCGAGGAUGAGGUGCUUCGUGCAGCUGUAUCCAAGUAUGGUCUCAACCAGUGGGCUCGAGUGUCCUCUCUUCUCGCUCGUAAGACGCCGAAGCAGUGUAAAGCACGAUGGAUCGAAUGGCUAGACCCCGGUAUUCGCAAGGUCGAGUGGUCGCGGGAGGAGGAUGAGAAGCUGUUGCACCUGGCAAAGCUGAUGCCCACGCAAUGGCGAACGAUUGCCCCCAUCGUCGGACGUACUGCGACACAAUGUCUUGAGCGUUACCAGAAGCUCUUGGAUGAGGCGGAGGCUCGUGAGAAUGAUGAGCUUGGAUUGGGAGGACCGGAGGGUGGAGAGUCGGCCGCACCUAGUGCCGACGACGUCCGCCGCCUGCGCCCUGGCGAGCUGGAUCCCGAUCCCGAAUCGAAGCCAGCGCGUCCUGACACGAUUGAUCUCGACGAAGAUGAGAAGGAGAUGCUCAGUGAAGCGCGUGCGCGUCUCGCCAAUACACAGGGUAAAAAGGCGAAGCGAAAGGCACGAGAGCGCCAACUGGAGGAAUCGCGUCGGCUGGCUGUUCUGCAAAAGCGCCGCGAAUUGAAGCAUGCCGGUAUCAACGUCAAGGUCGUCACUCGGAAGCCGGGUCAGAUGGAUUACAACGCAGACAUUCCAUUCGAGAAGCCAGCCGCCCCCGGAUUCUACGAUACGACUGAGGAACAAACCCUGAAUGAACGCCAGCGGGAAAUGUUUGAUCCCCGCAAGCAGCAGCUGGCCAACAAGCGAAAGGGUGAUCAAGACGAAGAUGCCGAGCGCAAGAAGCGCAAAGGUGACAAAAACAGCAACUCGGAAGCUUUCGCUGCUGCUGCACGAGCAGGCCAAAUGCAGAAGAUCCGUGAAGCGGAGCAGAGCAGCAAGCGUAGAGGCUUGAAUCUGCCCGCACCUCAAGUUAGUGAAAGUGAAAUGGAGGAUAUUAUCAAAAUGGGUAUGGCUGGAGACAAGGCCAGCCGAAUGAGUGGUGAUGAAGAAGCCACUCGUGGACUUAUUGGAAAAUAUGGGGCCAUUGUCGGAGGAACACCCAUUCGGACACCACGCGCAGCACCCGAGGAGGAUCACAUCGCCAACGAAAUCAAAAACAUCCGGGCUUUGACAGAGACACAAUCCUCACUGCUUGGAGGCGAGAACACUCCUCUCCAUGAGGGCGGUUCGUCGACCGGCUUUGAUGGCAUUGCUCCUCGUCGGCAAGAUAUUGUUACACCUAAUCCCAUGGCCACACCAUUCCGACAGGCCAACGGUGUAGGUGCAACUCCCCUGCAUAGCGGUGCUGGGCCCGGUGCCACCCCGCUGCGCACACCACGAGACCACUUCGCUCUUAACCGGGAUGGUGAGGGUGGCCAGCUUAUUGGUAGCACACCUCGGGAUAUCAAGAUGCAUGAGAACUUCAUGCGUCAGUCAAUCCGCAGCAAGCUUUCUGCCCUUCCUAAGCCGAAGGAGUCCGAGUGGGAACUGGAAGAGCUUCCCUCCGAAAAUGCCGAACCUGUCGCAGCCGUCGAGUUGAGCGAGGAAGAUGCAGCGGAGCGGGAUCGCAGAGACGAAGAAGCCCGCAAGAAGGCCGCAGAGGCUGAGUUCAGGCGCCAGUCGCAGGCAUAUCAACGUGGUCUUCCUCGGCCUGCUGUUCUCGAUCUCGAUGCAUUGAUUGAACGUGCAGCCCACGUUACUGACCCGGUUGAGGGUCUCAUUGCCAGAGAAGCCGCGAUCCUCAUCGCCCAUGAUUCCCGAAAACACCCCGUGCCCGGCGCAAAGGUCGAAGGGAAGGCCCCUAAACUGGGCCACUUGGAUGAUGGAUUUAUGGACGCAGCCCGAGCUGCCAUUGCAGCCGAGAUUGCAUCAACAGAAGCACAGCAGCAACAAGCAGAGUGGCAAGAGAAAUUCGAUGAUGUCUGGUCAUCGACUCGCGCCAAGGCUCUUCCAGGCCUGAACAACUAUGCCGACGAGGAAGAAGACGCCUUCCAAGAAGAGCAGCGCAUGAUCGGAGCCUUCGACAACGUACAAGCAUCCUUGCUCGCCACCGCCGAAAAGGGCAACAAGCUCGAGAAAAAGCUCGCAUUGCACUACGGCGGAUAUCAAAACCGCGCCAAGACACUGCGUUCCAAGAUCCUGGAGGCUAGUGCCGCCCUGCUCAAGUCCCAGGACGAUCUGGACUCUUUCCGGACUCUCCAGAUAUCUGAAGAGGCUGUUGUUUCCCGACGACUGGAGAAAUUGCGAGAGGAUGUGUCGUUUGUGAUGCGGCGCGAGCGCGAGGCACAGGAAUUGUAUAAGAGCAGGAAAGACGAGCUGGAUGAGCUGGUUGCCGGCACGGCUACGGUCAAUGGGUGGCAUUGA